UUGGUACUUGCAUGAAGGAGACGUGUUCUGCCGAGAGUACCGCAAAUAAUGGCAAAGCAGGCACGGAGCCAGUGACGGCUGAACAGACACUAGACGAGAUUACAGCCAAGGUGCUUGCAGAGAGAGACAUCAAGGAAGGCAUCCUUGCAUUGCAGGAUAGACUCAGGCAGCUGGAAAUGAAGCUGAGCGACUGUACCGAGUUGUAUCUGAGGAGACGCCAGCGGAGAGCUGCCACCCAGACUGAGGCUCGCACGGCCCGGGUGUGCAACACAAUACUGGUAUGCUCGGCAGUCAUGUUGACUGCUUCUUACCUCAUGAGGUGGUUGAGGGGUGUGCAAGAUACAUGCUACACUGGAUGAGGCUGUGAAGUCCUAUGUUACUGUGAGGUUGGAGAGCUACAGCAGUGUCCAACAUUGCUUAUUUCAUUGUACAGGGUGAGUAAAAAAAA